UUUCUAUCGAAAGACAUAGCAAGAUCGACAGCAUUGUAGGAUCAAUGAACCAAGGAGUUUUUGUGUCUGGCCAAUCACAUGUUGGAAAUGUUGCCAUUAAUCCAAUUGCCAAAACUUUUGUUCAAGCAACAGUUCAACAACCUACAGAAGAACAAAGGGAAGAACAGCUGAACAAUCAGGCUAAAGAAAAAGGGCCUUCAUUGUUGAAUGAUUUACAGCUUCAGUUAAAGAAUCAGUAUAAACGGGCGACUUUUACCGAGUUCACUCCAUCUCAGUGGUCAAAACACAAAAUAGAUAUACAAGAUCUCUUCACUGAUAUGAUAAUGUUUCAGAACCCAAAUUCAGGUAAUGAGAAGAAAGCAAAAGAGAUUAAAAUUGAUGACAUUGCAACACCCUAUAAGAAAAAAAAAGAUGGUACUAAUGAUCCUAAGAGGAUUCUGAUCCAAGGGGAGCUUGGAAAUGGGAAGACAACUUUGAUGAAAAGACUUGCUCGUUCUUGGGCUGAUGAUCCCAACAAAGGUGUCUUUGGUGAAAAAAUCGUCUUUUUCCUGGAAUUAAAGAACAUGCAAAAGAAAAGUUUUCUUGAAAAUGCUAUAGAGAUUGGCCUGUCUAAUCUUGAAAAGUUAAUGUCAAAGAAUGUAUUGCAGCGAGUGAUCAUACAAAAUGAUGAAAAGUUUGUGUUCUUAUGUGAUGGAUAUGAUGAGCUAUUUUCAGGUGUGAGAUCAGAGUUUGAAGGAGUAUUUAAAAGAAAGGAGUUAAGUGAAAGUGUCCUAGUUGUAACAACAAGGCCUGAUAAUAUGGAUGAAUUAGUUAAAGUCUGUGAAUCACACAUCAAAAUUAGAGGAUUCAAACCUGAACGACAAGAUGAGUACAUAGACAAAUUCUUUAAGGAAGUUGACCCGGACCAAGGACAAAAUCUGAUCAAAUUAAGAAAUGACAAUCAGUACAGACAUAUCUUUGAGAUGGCCAGAACACCACUAUUUCUCUUCUAUCUUUGUACAUUGUGGAAGGUCAAAGGCCAGGUGCCCUCCACUGUAAUAGAACUUUAUCGAGAAUUGUUGGUUUGCAAGGUAAAUCAAUUCCUUGGCAAACAAGAAAAAAGAAAAAUUGAUAAUUUUUCUGAAAUUAAUCUUGAACAUUUUGAUGCAAUGUUGUAUGUUGGAAGAGUUACCUUAAAUGGUUUAUUUGAGAACCGAUUGAACAUCAAGCAAAACGAAUUAACUGAUGAGAAACAAACAUCAGUUGCAUCUAAACUAGGGUUGAUUUUUGAAGAAACAAAUGUUUCUGAACUCCAUCACAUGAAAAGCUACACUACAACUCAUAAGUCUGAAUCUGAAUUUUUAGCAAGUCUGUAUGUUGCUGAAACUAUGAAGAAAAAGUCCAAAAGUGACAUAGAUCAGACAGUAAAGAGAAUGUUGAGUACUUCAGAAUUAUCCCAAGUUUGUAAGUUCACUGUAGCUCUUCUUGGUGAUGAAGCUCAUUUGUUUAUGGACUACUUUCCUCUUGAAGACUUCAAGAGUAGUGCUCUAGCAGAUCUACUAGAUGAAUGUCCAAAGGGUGAAGUUGAAAUUGUUAAGGAUUCAAUAAAAGAACGUAUGAAUGAAGUGAAGCAUGUUACCAUUAAGUCUCAGACUGGUUUGAAAAUUGUGGAGGAAUUGAACAACUUUAAGGAAGCAGUCACAUGUACCUUAGACACUACUUCUGCAAAUAUUUGUGGAUCUGAUAUACCUAAAGCUCUCUAUUCGAUGACUGCCUUAUCAUCCUUGACAUGGCAUGGUAUAAUUGAUGAGACUUUAGAAAAUUUCCCCAUUUUUGGAUCUAGUACUCUUGAAAGUCUAUCAAAGAUAUCUCUCCAGGGAAAACUAACCAAGACAAAUUCUUGCAGGAAUCUAGGGAGUUUUCUUUACAAUUUAAAAGCUAUGGAGACAUUGGAUUUGCCAGUAAUAUCAUAUGGACCAGGCUUAUAUACGUUUGUGUCUGCGAUGUAUGGUCAUCGUUGUUCAGGUGAUGAUCCUUCUUGUAGGCCUCAAAGUUAUUUCAACAAAAUGACAACCCUAACAUUUGUACUAAAAAGGACAUUCAGUAAAGGACAACGGAAUAGUGGUUAUGCUUAUUUGGUCAGUAGAAUAAUGGCAUUGUGUCCUUCUCUAAACACGGUAAAUACUCAUGAGACAAAUGAUGAAUUUGAAUUUCAUCUCUUUAUGAUCCUUACAAAAGUGGAAGCAUUCAGAGACAGACAGAAGCCAGAGGUCACCACACACAACACUCGAGAUCUUGAAUCCCAUGCAUCUAUAACAUUGCCAACAAAUGAUAACAAAAAUUGUGUUUCAAUUUUGUUUAGAAAAAGAAUUGGAAUUGGAAUAAAUUCUAGAUCUACAUCAACGACUUUAUCUUUACAUAUUGCAGCUCAUCGGGUUGAUUAUAAACUACAACUUAAGCGUUGUCAGCUAAUGUCAAUGCCAGUCCAAAUUCUCUCAUAUUAUCUAGAUACAGAUGUAUCAGAGAGUCUGCAUCUCUCUUGGUAUCAAGAUUUUCUUCCACGGAAAGAACGAAACUUUGAAGAACUUAAGUUUAUUUCACAGUUAAUGGUUAAACACAAAAGACUUGAAUCACUUUCAUUACCUUGUGAAGCUCUGAACAAAGAUCAAAUUCCAUCAGAAAAGAAGUGGGUGGUAAAACACCUUGAGUUUACUUGUAAAGAUAUAAAUCCUCGAAAGGACAAAUGUAAAGAACAUAUGACACAGAUAUCUGGAUACCUCUUACAUAUCAGCUCUAUUAAAACUCUAACAAUACCUCCCUUUCGGGAUGCUUUUAUUAAUCUUGGAGUCCUAUCAACAACUGAGACCCCACUAGAUUUUCUUAAAUUGUUGAUCUCUGGAUCUCAAACACCUUGUGAUGAACUUAGUUUUGAAUUACUUGCCCGAUUAAUUGGUCAGUUACCAGAACCCUGGUUCAACCAACUGGAUGCAGAUCGGGAAGGAACCAUCUCGUUUUCAUUACCAACGAAACGUGAAUAUAAAGGUAAUGGAUCUAAAUAUACUGUAACUCGAAUCAAAGAUGGUUUACAAGGAAAGACAAAUUGUACUAUGAUAUCAUUCUGUUUUGGUUUAAGAGGUCUAGCAUCAUGUCGUAUUAUACAACUUGUUGAGCAGUUGAGAAAGGAAAGAUUACAUGUAGAUAAAUUUUUUAUCUUUCCUGGUUUAAUGUUUGCUAAUCCAUAUGCCCUUCAUAUUAUAUUUGGAUUAGAAAAAGUAAAUGAAAUCAAAAUGGUUUUAUUUAACAAUAAAACUUAUGCUGAUCUGCAUGAGCUGCACAUGGUUAAGAAUAAUUCACUGAAAGUUUUUUAUCUGUCUGGAGAGGAACUGAUUUCAUAUGUGAAAAAUGUAUCUGGAAGUGUCCCUGUUGUAAGGCAGCAUUACCUAUCAAAUGUAAAACUGAACCAAGUGGAUAAAAAGAAAGUGACAGACUUAUCGACAGUCAUUCCGAACGACUCUGAUGUUCUAGUUUUUAGGAUUGUUGAUUAUUUUGAUAGCCCUGGAGUUGUAGAUAAAAUGGUAAGAUCAUGUGAUCAAAGUAGUAUCAGCUGUAGAAAUGUCAAGUCACUAACAUUUGAAAAUAAAAUUUUGCUGAAAGGUACUCAAGCAGUAACUGUAUUAAAGGGUUUUCCAAAUCUCCAAAAGUUAGAUCUAUCUGGUUUGCAAGAUGUAAAACCUUUUUUUGAAGAAAUUCUCAAUGAAAAAAUACUGUCCAGAGAAAUAUUGACAGAAUUUUGUCUUGGUGAUUGCAACUUGAAUUUCUCAAACUCUGGAACAUUGAUUGCCAAGUUACUUCUCAGUUUCAGGAAUCUGCAGGUGUUCAAGGUUACACCUAUUGAAAACAAGAUGUCUGCAUCUGUUUUUAUGGAAAUGGUUCUUCACCUAGACUGUCAAAUAGAUAGUAUUCAUAAACACCUUCGGGUAUUAAGUUUUGGAGAGCUCAAAUUUGAAGGAGUCGAUGCUGAUAAAGUGGGUAACAUGUUCGGUCGGCUGCUUUUCCAAUUUCCAGAGCUUCAAAGCCUUGAUAUGUCUAUGUUUAGGACUGGGAAAUCAUCUCUGCAUUCCUUUAUUACAACACUUAUUGAACAUCAUGAAGAUGAAACAGUUACCUAUAAACUUGGCUUAAGACACCUUGAUUUGUCUGGUCAUAAUUUCAAAUCAGGAGAGAUGGCACGGUUUUUGAAAGCUGUGAAAGUGCUUCCGAAAUUAUCUGAACUACGCCUAGAAAUGUGUCGAAUUUAUGACAAUCCUGGAUGCUUACUGGAAAGGAUAUGUAAAUUUUCCAGGAUUGAUCUCUCCCGUUGCCAUUUUAAAAACGCAGAUCACAAGAAAAUAUUUGUUGCUCAGGUUCUCCGUUCUGCAACAAUUGAUACAAAAUUACGAUUGGUGACAUCAAAUGAAGGUUUCCUUAAUAGCCUUGGAGAAGAACUUUUAUCAUCUGGUAUUAAAAGUGCUCUUGGGUAUCUUGAUCUUAGUAACUCAAAACUGCCUAAUGUGAACUUUAAAGUCCUGGUGUUAUCUCUGACCCAACUUAAAACUCUAAUACUUAAGGAUUGUGAUAUUGAUGCAGAUGUUCUCGGGAGACUUGUAACUGCUAUUAAAAAUGACAGAUGUACUUUUGCUUCAGGACUUACGACAUUGGAUAUGUCAUCCUCAAAGUUUAAUGAACCAGCGUCAGGAGAUCAUUUGGCAUCUGUACUGGAGAUAUUUCCAGAAUUACAGAUACUGAGGUUAUCAAGUUGUCACAUUACAGAAGCAGUAAUGGAAAAAUUUUUGAUGGAGCUAAAAAGAAAAUGUAAUUUGGAACUUCGUCUUAGAAGUCUUGUCCUACUGGACAAUGACAUUACAAGUUUGGAUACCGUUACCUUGCAGGUCGCAAGGUACUUACCUCUUGACUGCAAAUUAAAGGUUACCAGUUCUAAGAUAAAUGUGGAUGCUUCUGCCAUUAUUCUUCAACAUUCUUAUUUUGAUUUGGAUAGUGACAAUGAUGGUAAUAUAUUUGUAGAUUAUGACAUCUCUGACAACGACGACGAUGACGACUCUGAUGAGGAAAACGUCAAAGAUGAUUAUGAUAAUUUCUUGUAAUCUGAUCAUAUAGAACAUCUACUUUAUUCAUAUUGUUUUGGCCAAUUCAAUAAGCUACAGUAUAUCAACUAUUAAUUUUAUUGGCUCAUCAAAGACAGUUCUGUAUAUCGUUAAGAGGAAGGUAAUGAUAAUUUUCGGGUGAUUAUGAAAUUAACGAUUCAUUAUAAUGUACAGAUUUGGCAAAGAGCAGUUUUAGAAACUGCUGUUAUCUAUUUCCGGAAAAGUAAACUUAAACGUAGAAUAUUUUUACAUAUUGAUGUUCUAAUAUACGUCUUUUGAUAAUUACUUUUGGAGGCCUAAUAAAAUAACUUUAAAUUUAUUCACAAUUGCUAUUUAAAAAAAUGAUAUUAUGAGAGUGUGUAUAAAACGGACUUAUCUGAUAAAUUUUGCGAUUUGAAAAUUCCUUAGUUUUUCAUUAAUAUUAUAACAUUAACUUAAUUCAAGGCUUCUCCAAGCUAUUACUGUUUUUCUGUCGGUUACAUGGAAAAUAUUCUAUUAGUAGACUGAAAAAUUACUGCUGUAUUAUCAUUGAUUGUAAUUUUUUAUUGAAUUAUAACUCUACUUAAGAAUAUACCAUACAUUCAAUGUAAAUUACUCAUGGAACAAUAGAACUUAAGAAUAUUUUACAUUCCAGGUAUUUCUCUUUUUAAAUGUUCAUGUAAUAAUAGUACUGUAAAUAUAUUGCUGAACUGUCUGAUGACUAGAACCUUCCACUCCAUUUAAAUCGAUUUAAUAAUGUUAAUUAUGUAAAAUAAACCUAUUAUAGAUUUGCAAAACUUAGAAGUGACUUUUAC